AUGCCUUCUGCCAUGUUUCUUCCACAUUACAUUCCGCCUCCGGGCUAUAGCUCAGCGUACUCACCAUACUUUCGUUCUGCACAGGGCAAGGUCGCGGAACUUCGACUCGAGUUGCAUAGUGGUGGGAAGAAGGACAAGAACCAUGCGGCCAAGAAGAUCGCCCUCAAGAAGAUUGUGGCCAAUAUGACCAUGAGUAAUAAUGAUAUGGUGGCUCUUUUCCCCGAUAUUGUUGGAUGCAUGGAAAUACCGAGCUUGGAGAUCAAGAAGAUGUGCUUCCUGUUUCUAGUGAACUAUGCUCGCAUGAAGCCAGAGGUGGCUCUUAAGGCGCUGCCUAUUCUCCAAGGAGACAUGAAUGACGCGAAUCCCUUGGUGAGAGCUCUGGCGUUACGAACAAUGUCAUAUAUCCACGUCCGUGAAUUUGUAGAAGCGACUGUCCCUCCUACCAAACAACUUCUCCGAGACGCAGAUCCAUAUGUCCGAAAGACGGCUGCAUUCUGCGUUGCUAAAUUAUAUGACCACGACAGACAUCUGGUGGAAAGUUCAGAUUUAAUUGAUAGACUGAACUCGAUGUUGAGGGAUGACAAUCCAACAGUUGUGGCGAGUGCCCUUGCAAGUCUGAUGGAUAUUUGGGAGCGAAGUGACGCUAUCAAACUCACAAUCGACUAUGGGAACGCUUCAAAAAUGGUCCAGAUUCUACCAGACUGCUCAGAAUGGGGUCAAACUUACAUUCUGGAAGCCUUGAUGUCAUAUGUUCCUCAAGAAACCUCUGAGGCUUUGCUUCUUGCUGAGCGGAUAUCUCCUCGACUAUCACAUUCAAAUUCGGCUGUGGUACUUACCUGUAUACGAGUCAUCCUCUACUUGAUGAACUAUAUUGCAGAUCAGAAGCAGAUUUCGAUAUUAUGUCGGAAAUUGUCUCCCCCACUGGUGACACUGCUUGCUAAAGGGCCAGAAGUGCAGUAUUUGGCAUUACGAAACGCCUUGCUGAUACUGCAAAGAAGACCUGAGGUUCUUCGAAAUGAUAUCCGGGUCUUUUUCUGCAAAUACAACGACCCAAUCUAUGUCAAAGUGACAAAGCUAGAGUUAAUAUUCAUGCUUGCCACGGAGAAGAACAUCGAGGAGGUCCUGACAGAGUUACGAGAAUACGCGACGGAGAUCGAUGUACAUUUCGUGCGGAAGUCAGUCAGGGCGAUAGGCAAGUUGGCCAUCAAGAUCGAGCCAGCUGCAAGAAGAUGUAUCAAUACGCUUCUGGAGCUCGUGGCCACCAAAGUCACAUACAUUGUGCAAGAGGCAACGGUUGUUAUCCGAAACAUCUUCCGAAAAUACCCAAACCAAUAUGAAUCCAUCAUCUCGACACUUUGCGAGAAUCUUGAUUCUUUGGAUGAACCUGAGGCAAAGGCGGCAAUGAUUUGGGUCAUUGGACAAUAUGCGUCUCGCAUUGAAAAUUCCGAUGUUCUUCUGGAGGAUUUCCUCUAUUCAUUCGCAGAUGAGCCAGUCGAGGUCCAGUUAGCUCUUCUUACCGCCACCGUUAAAUUGUUCAUCCAACGGCCGACAAAAGGACAAGAGCUCGUCCCCAAGGUUCUCAAAUGGGCGACUGAGGAUACAGACAACCCAGAUCUACGAGACAGAGGCUAUAUGUACUGGCGGUUGCUAUCAUCGGACAUGGCGACUGCGAAGGCAAUUGUGAUGGGAGAGAAGCCUCCGAUUACAGCCGAAUCCGAGAAGCUGGACCCUGACACACUGGAGGAAAUGUGCCUCAAUGUUGGAACGCUUGCAACGGUGUAUCUCAAGCCUGUCCAACAGGUCUUCAGAUCAGCGAGGCCUCGCAAGCUGACGGAUAGCCCUGCUUUGCAGAAGCACACCCUACCCACAGCCAACGGUCUCGACGGCCAGAAAUCUCUGUCAGCGUUUGGUAUGGGUAAUCAACCAGCGAUCAGGCCGCCACAGAUGAAUGGCAACGGCAACCUUGCAGCAGCAGUGGAUGCUGCAGACGAGUUCUUUGCAGGUGUUGGAAGUCAACAAAUGGCCGCUAUGCAUAUCAACGGGCAAGAGGAUGGUUUUGGUGGUAGCCCAACCGUAGGAAGAGGCGAGAUGCAGUAUGUGGUGAACCAACAUGCACCCGAUCAGGUAUACCAACCUGCCAUGGGUGGGGGUUCGAACGGAGAUCUUCUUAUGCUUUGA